AGCGUAGGAAUCCAAAAGUGGGGAGUAAAAGAAAAAAGAACAGGGGCCGCUGCACUUUCUGGACCAUCUAUAUUAUAAAAUGCCACCGCAUCUUUACUCCUUCAUCAUCUCCUUCGCCGCCGCUUAUUUUUCUUAACCGCCGCGAACCCAGCCCUAAUUGCCAGAAGAAGAAUAUAUAUACAUAAAUUAACAACCAAAGGAAGAAUGGCUUCGUUGACGAUUAUUUCUCCGUGUAACUCCUCGUCGUCGUCUUUGUCGUCCUCUUCGUCUUCACUCUUCGCCGGUUCCUCUCUCAGCCAUAAAACCGUCGGUUACAAUCAGUCUCGCUCUCGUACCUGUGCUUCUAACAGCUUCAAAUGUAACCUGCCUCAACCAGUGGAUAUUGGAAAUGGGAAGCCAACGGUUCCAAUCGUUAAUGAAAGGACACUGCCCAAGUUCUUGGAAUCGGCUCGAAUGGAAACAAGUGUUAACAGAAAUGGUGCCAAGCUCAAAGUGUUUUCUGGGACUGCCAAUCCUGCGCUUUCUCAGGAAAUUGCAUGGUACAUGGGCCUGGAGCUGGGGAAGAUUAACAUUAAGCGAUUUGCUGAUGGGGAAAUUUAUGUUCAGCUCCAAGAGAGUGUUAGAGGAUGUGAUGUAUAUUUAGUGCAAUCAACAUGCCCUCCUGCAAAUGAGAAUCUCAUGGAGCUUCUUAUAAUGGUAGAUGCUUGUCGGAGAGCAUCGGCCAAAAAUAUCACUGUGGUGAUUCCUUAUUUUGGUUAUGCCAGAGCUGAUAGAAAGACUCAAGGGCGUGAAUCCAUUGCAGCCAAACUUGUUGCAAAUCUGAUCACUGAAGCUGGUGCAAACCGUGUUCUUGCUUGUGACCUUCAUUCUGGGCAGUCCAUGGGUUACUUUGAUAUUCCAGUGGACCAUGUCCACUGCCAGUCUGUGAUUCUUGAUUAUCUUGCCAGCAAGACAAUUUCUUCUGAUGACAUGGUGGUGGUUUCACCUGAUGUUGGAGGAGUAGCAAGAGCACGAUCUUUUGCAAAAAAACUAUCAGAUGCACCUUUAGCCAUUGUGGAUAAAAGACGUCAUGGACACAAUGUUGCAGAGGUAAUGAACCUUAUUGGUGACGUAAAAGGAAAAGUUGCAGUUAUGGUGGAUGAUAUGAUUGACACUGCUGGAACGAUUGCAAAGGGGGCAGCACUGCUACACCAAGAGGGGGCGAGGGAAGUUUAUGCGUGCUGUAGUCAUGCAGUUUUCAGCCCACCUGCAAUAGAUAGGCUGUCAAGUGGCCUUUUCCAAGAAGUGAUCAUUACCAAUACUCUUCCAGUGGCAGAGAAGAACUACUUCCCCCAGCUCACAGUUCUCUCUGUGGCUAAUCUGUUGGGUGAAACCAUUUGGCGUGUUCACGAUGAUUGUUCUGUGAGUAGUAUUUUUCAGUGAAAUCAGAUAGGGAAGGAACUCCCAAAGGUGUUUUCUCCUUCAAAAUUUUGCAUGUGCAACCUAAUGACGCCUUGGCUGCCUCCACUGAAACUAGAUAUGGAUGGGAUAGGAAUAGGUUUUAGAUUCAAAUCUGGCUUUAGUCCAAAUACGAGGGAGAAUCAACGCGAUGUUGCUCAUUUCUCUCUCCAUCUAUCUUCAUUGGAGAUCUUAGUCUUUUCUUAGUUUCACUUUUUACUUUUUGCCAAGUAUCUUCCUUUUUAUUCUUCAUUAAAUCAACAACUUAGUUAUAACUUUUCCAAUUACCUUCCAUCAGUUGGAUGUUCUCUACUAAAACAUCAAAAAACCUGAUUGGUUCUUGUAACAUAAAAGCUCACCCAUUUGUGUCUGGCUGGUUCAGAACUUUCAAAUAUAAGUUUCUGGUUCUGGGAGUGUUCAUUUAUACAACAACGCGAAUUGUUAUCAUCGUGGACAAACCAGAGUGUUCAUCUAAGAUAUUUAUUUCCCAGUAUACAAGUAAAUCAGAAUUUUUAAUUUGAAGUCUCAUAUGUCAUACGUUUGAACAGAAUCAGAUUUUUUGUAAAUAUGAAUGAAACAUCUCCCAUUUGAUGUGGUUGAGAGUUUUUUUUUGUGUGUGUGUGUGUGUGUGUGAUAGUGUAUAAUUGUAUUCAUGGAACAUUAAUCUUGGUCUACAGUCCUCUCUUUUUUUUCC